CGCUCGAGCAGCUGACGUUCGUGUUUUUGCACAGCUGAACUCCGGAAGAUUCUGUUAAGCGCUCGGUUUGCCAAGACCACCUGUAGCAUUUGUUCUGUGAGUAAACAGACCGCAUCUGCUUCAGAAGGUCCCCCACAAGUGAACGAGACUCCUCAAGAUAAAAAGAAAUCGUAGGACAUCCCGAUUCUCCGAUGAUGUCGCUGACGGUACAGGAGCAGCGGACCGUGCGCUUCGUCUUCUUGGGCGCCGCCGGCGUGGGUAAGACGGCCCUCAUCGUUCGCUUCUUGCACGAUCGGUUCGACUUCAAAUACACGCGCACCGUGGAGGAGCUUCACGCGCUUGAAUACGACACGGACGGUGCGCGGGUCCGCGUAGAGAUUUUGGACACGAGCGGCAGCUACGCCUUCCCGGCGAUGCGCGCCCUGUGCAUUCGCACCGCGGACGCGUUCGCGCUCGUGUACUCGGACGCGGAGCGAGACUCGCUGGAGGAGGUGCAGCGACUGCGAGAGGAAAUCCUCGAGAUCAAAGGGGAGACGUUCGCGGGGAUCACCGUGGUGGAGAACAAAGCGGACCUGCAGAGUGGCGGGCGCCUCGCCACCGCGGAGGUGAUGCGGACAGCGGAGGAAGAAUGGGGAGCCGGGUUCGUGGAGACGUCUGCCCGCACCGGCGAGAACGUGAUCGCCGUGUUUCGGGACUUGCUCGAGCAGGUGAAGUUACCGAGCCGCGUGAGCCCGGCGCUGCGCAGGCGGAGGCAAACGCUGACAAGGGAUGGCGCACGCGAGAAACAACUCGUGAAGAAAAACAACAGCUGCAUCCUCUCUUAAAAUGCAUAUAAAUAACAUAUAAAUGCACAAUUCAUGUGUUUUAUGCAUCAUACUGAUGCUGUCCUCAUAAAGACCGCGGACUCAUAUCUGUGCUUUGGCAGUUUAUGCGUCAAACCGCAUUGUAACCUGCAACCCAUGAAAAAGACAAUGAAUGAGUGUGAGUGAACUGUGCCCUGCAUAACUUGACAUUUUCUUUCUAUUCAUGAAUUAAAAUCAUUGCCUUUCACUUUU